GUCUCAACAAUCAAAAAGCUAGCUUCCUUUCUCUUCUUAUUCACCAUGGUGAGAACUGAUAUAGAGAGUGUUUGGAUCCUUGCUCUUGCUUCCAAAUGCCGAACUUUUACAGAGGAGAACACUGCAUGGUCUCUCUUGAUCAUAGCUGCAGCUUGGUUAGUGAUGACUCUAAUCUACUGGGCUCACCCCGGUGGUCUGGCUUGGGGAAAAUAUAGGCUCAAGAGGCUCCUCAUCACAUCUAAGCCAAUUCCGGGUCCUAGGGGGUUGCCUCUAAUAGGCAGCAUGGAGCUCAUGGCUAGCUUCCUCGCGCACCACCGAAUCGCAGUUGCUGCUAAGACAUGCGGCGCCAAGAGACUCAUGGCAUUCAGUCUUGGCAAUACCCGCGCAAUUGUCACAUGUAAGCCGGAUGUGGCGUGGGAGAUCCUUAACAGCUCGGUUUUUGCUAAUCUUCCUGUAAAGGAAUCGACCUAUAGCAUAAUUAGUAAGUUAGUAUUUGUUUAAGUAUCGGUCAAAAAGUCGACUUGAUGAUCAUAUACUACGCUCCACUUUGCUUCUUACACGAAAAAACGUGACCACUUGGGCCAUAUAGGGGAGUGCUACCAUAUCAUUAUUUUUUGUCAUAUUGUCAUCUUAAGUGUUUUAUUGUUUUGACGUGGCAUCCUUCUUCAGUCAACUAACAGGAAAUGUUAGUAUUUUUUUUAAUGAAAUGAUCAACUUGGA